UUCACAUCACUCUCUUUGUUCGCUGUGCUACGUUUUCCACUCUUCAUGCUUCCAAAUACUAUUUCUCAGGCCGUAAAUGUCCAUGUUUCUUUGAAACGUAUGGAAGAUCUACUUUUGGCCGAGGAGAGACUUCUUCUUCCAAAUCCACCUCUUGAACCAGGACUUCCAGCUAUCUCAAUUAGGAAUGGAUCAUUUUCAUGGGAUUCAAAGUCAGAUAAACCUACACUGUCUAAUAUAAAUUUGGAUAUACCAACGGGCAGUCUGGUGGCAAUUGUUGGAAGCACGGGAGAGGGAAAGACAUCACUUGUAUCUGCUAUGCUUGGAGAACUUCCUCCAGUACGUGACAACAUAUUGUUUGGAUCCCCCUUUGAACUUGCAAAGUAUGAGAAGACACUAAAUGUAACUGCAUUGCAGCAUGACUUGGAAAUGCUUCCGGGCGGUGAUCUUACUGAGAUUGAUGAAAGAGGGGUGAAUAUUAGUGGUGGGCAAAAGCAAAGAGUUUCCAUGGCUAGAGCUGUAUACUCUAAUUCAGAUGUAUAUGUGUUUGAGUGCAUGGUCCAUUAA